UUUAAUAAACUAUAUUCAAAGUUAUAAGUCAGCCAAUUACAUUAUAUAAAUCUAAAUAUUCUUGUGAAAUGUUUUACAAAAUAUUUAUUUUUUUAUUAAUUUUUAUAUGUGGACAUUUUUUUGAAGAAGUUUUUGGAAAUAUACUUUUAAUUGACCCGGAAAAAGUGAUACUAGAUAAUAAUAAAAAAAAUGAAUUUGGUCAUCAUACAGUAUCUAUGUGGAUUACGGAGAAAGAUUUUUCCAGUCUUUCAAAAGAAGAAAUAAUAGUAAAUAAUAAAUACGGCCCAUAUGAUUAUUGUUAUGAUGCUAUGGGAAUAACGGAGACAUAUUAUUUGAAAACUUCAAAAAAAUAUUUAAUGUGUGGUCCUUUAAUAUUGGAUAUUGAAAAUAAAAAUGAGAUUUUCGCAGAAAUUAAUUUGAAUUUUUAUGCCUAUAUUUAUGAAAACAUUAAAAAAAAAGACACAAUAUAUAUUAAAAUCACAUUCGAAGAAAAACACAUUAUUUUAAAUUACAAUGGAAAAGAUAACAUUUUCGAAUACAACGUAGAAGAAACUAAUCUAAAACUAGAGUCAUUUAUGUUUGAAAUAAACAAGGCAAUUAGAUUCAAAAUAAUUAAAAUUCAAACCAGUAAACUAGACAAUAAUACAUCUUUAAUAAAUCAUACGGUCUAUGAUGAAGUAACCAGAAAUCAACUAGAAAACCUCGAGAAUUUGUCAUUAUGGAAAUAUGUCAAAGAAGAACUUGUUCAAUCGUAUUUUCCUAUACUACCCAAUACACCAAUUUACGAAUUCAUUCUUAAUUCAACAAUCCACAGGAGAGAUAUUAAAUUCACUCUCAAAAAAGCAAUAAAAAUCAUGAGUGAUCGAAUUUUUAAGUUUGCGAUUUUGCUAAUGGUAUAUGCCUAUGAGGCACUGAGAAUUGAUUAUUGUAAAACACUAUAUUGGGACCAAUUCAUAAAUAAUUUUAAAAAAUUGGGUAAUGCACUAUAUCUUUUGAAUGAAGACAGAAAAUUACUUAUAGCAUUAGAUGACAUUAAUGAAGGACUUAAUGAUGAUAUUACACAUGCAUUUAAUGGAUGUGCUACAAUGUGUGUUUUUCAAGGAUUAGUAAAUAAAUAUGCAAAGUAUUUCUUUACGCCCCAAGAAAUUGAAAAUUUAAAAAAAAACUUUAGAUGUAAUAAUAUUAAAUAUGAACACAUUCUAACACAAAAUGAAUUAGAUAACAUUUUUAAAGGAUUUUCGAAACCUCACGGAGACAAUGAGACAUACAAAUUUAAACUGAUAUGUGAGAAGGAAUUAGAGGAAAAAUUUCAGCAUAUUUUUAUGUUAAUUGACGCAGAAUUCGAAAGAAUUAACAUAAUAGAUUUGUAAUAUUUGAUAACUUUUUUAGUAUGGUAGAUAUUUAUUUUCCAAAAAUAUUUAUAGUAAUUCAAUUACGAUCGUAAUCAAUAAUUUAUUCAACCAUUUUAAAAUUAAUAAAAGACAAAAAAAAAAAUAAUAAUAAACGUUUAGAUAUGAAAUAAUUUAUACAUAUGAUACUUAUAAAGUAUAUUGUCGAUAUUUGUCAUUAUAAAAUGUAUUUCUGCUAAAGAUCGUGUGAUUUCUUAUUAUAUGAUUUUAUCAUAACCACUAAAAU